AUGGGGCGGAAGGAUGAACUUGACGGCGUUUCGACAGAGACGGUCUAUAGUAGAAUCAACGCUUACCCGAAUCAGCAAACCCUAAAAUUAGGGUUGAGAGACACAACACCUGUUGAUUUAACCCAAGAAGAAGGUGAAGACAAAGGAAAUGGGAAAACACCGAUUCAUGGAGAAGCCCUUCGUAUACUAGGAGAAGGAAAAAAUGGAGGAGAUGGUGCAAUGGACCGAGGCCGCAAGUGGAUACUUGACCAUGACGGUGCAACCUCCAUUCCCUCCUGGGGAAAGCUCUAUCUUACGGUGCUUGGAGUGUAUGAUUGGGAGGGUUGUAACCCAUUGCCACCAGAAUUCUGGAUUAUCCCAUCGAUAUUUCCUUUUCAUCCCGCUGAGAUGUGGUGUUAUUGUCGAACAACAUACAUGCCUAUGUCAUAUUUAUAUGGGAAAAGAAUCCAAGGACCCAUCACAUCUCUUGUUUCAUCACUGCGAAAAGAAAUCUACCCGAUCCCUUUUGAGCAUGUUAAUUGGAAUAAACAAAGGAAUAAUUGUUGUAAGGAGGACUUGUACUAUCCGCAUUCAUUUCUUCAAGAUGUUUUGUGGCAUACCCUUCACUACAUUACUGAGCCUGUCCUUAAAUAUUGGCCAUUUUCCAAACUACGAGGGAAAUCGCUUGAUAAGAUUGUUGAGCUAAUGCGCUAUGAAUCACAAGAGACUAGAUACAUGACCAUAGGAUGCAUUGAAAAAAGUCUACAAAUGAUGUGUUGGUGGGCAGAGAAUCCAAAUGGUGAUGAGUUCAAAUAUCACUUAGCCAGAGUUCCAGAUUAUUUAUGGAUUGCAGAAGAUGGAAUGACAAUGCAUAGUUUUGGUAGUCAAGUGUGGGAUUGUAUUUUUGCAACUCAAGCAAUUAUUUCAAGUAACAUGACAGAAGAAUACGCUGAUUGUCUCAGAAAGGCACACUUUUAUUUAAAAGAAUCUCAGAUAAAACAAAAUCCUUCAGGAGAUUUCACUCGAAUGUAUCGACAUAUCACUAACGGAACAUGGGCCUUCUCCGACCAAGAUCAUGGAUGGGCUGUCUCUGACUGUACAGCCGAAGCACUAAUGUGUCUACUCUUACUAUCAAACAUGCCGAAAGAAAUUGUUGGAGAGAAAGUCGACAAUGCCCGACUUUACGAGGCAGUGAAUUUUCUUCUUUACUUGCAAAGUCCGAUAAGCGGAGGAUUUGCUGUUUGGGAGCCACCGAUUCCCAAACCAUUUCUACAGCUUCUUAAUCCUUCAGAGAUGUUUGCAGAUAUAGUUGUUGAGAAAGAGCAUCUGGAACCCUCAGCUUGCAUUAUUGUAUCUUUGGUAGAGUUCAACCGUGUCCAUCCAAGACACAGAAAGAAAGAAAUAGAACUUUCAAUUUUUAAUGGAAUUCGAUAUCCGGAGGAAACACAAUGGCAUGAUGGUUCAUGGUAUGGUUACUGGGGAAUAUGUUUCCUAUAUGGAACAUUCUUUGCCUUAAGGGCCUUAAGUGCUGCUGGAAAGACAUACGAAAAUAAUGAAGCAGUAUGUAAAGGUGUCAAAUUCUUACUUUCCAAACAGAAUGAAGAGGGUGGUUGGGGAGAGAGCCACCUAUCUUGUUCUACUGAGGUGUAUACCCCAUUGGAUGGAAACCGAACAAAUUUGGUGCAAACAUCAUGGGCUAUGCUUGGUCUUAUGUUGUGCGGGCAGGCAGAUAGAGAUGUAACGCCCUUACAUAAAGCAACAAAACUGUUGAUUAACGCUCAAAUGGAUAACGGAGAUUUUCCUCAACAGGAAAUUACUGGAGCUUGGAUGAAGAAUUGCACUCUACAUUUUGCACAAUACAGGAACAUUUUCCCACUAUGGGCACUUGGGGAGUACCGUAAACGUGUUUGGUAGUGUAAACAAGGUUAUUCAAAUUUGAGUUAUCAUGGCCUAUGGAGAAUUCUAAUCCUAAGAUGUGAUAUUCAUGAAAUCAAAAACUAUCCAAAUCAUGCAUAAUAUUUUAUGUAUCAAAUCCUUGAAAGUCUUAUCAUAUAUACAGUGUGAAUGCGUAAUCCAUA